GUCACCCAGGUUUUGGCUCUUAGCCAUGCUAGUCAUCCACCUGAGCCACAGGUUUACCUGUACCCGCUCCUAAGGUCAAAGUUACCAGGCCUUCGGUGGUGAUGUCAUUAGCACGCACAGAUGUGAGAGCCUUUGAAACACCACCAAGGUGGGGUGGUACUUUAGGUGCUACAGAGGGUGUAGAGGUAGUUAACGCCCUCUCAAGGACAUUAAUUUUAAUAAUUCCUUUAGAGUCUGUAUCAGUCAGGUCAACCCCCAAAACAACAUAAAAGGGACGAUGGGCACCACUUACCAUAGUAUGUUGUCUGCAUCCGACACUAAUGGUUCAGGGUUGAGUCGUAACAAAUAUAGAGGUUAUUACCACGGUAAUAGCUAUUGUGUCCCCCGUAAUUAAUCACACUGCACAGGUCAAAAAAUAAGUCUUGCUAUCCCCUUUGACCCAGUCUAUUUAAAGUCCGCUGUUUGUUCUUAGACACUUGUCAGUCACUGUCGUCAGGAAGGAAGAACUGAGACACAAGAACAGUAGAACAAGCCUAAACACCAAUCCGUCAGGAAAUACUACUGGGCGUAACAUCCUGCCUUUCGUCUAUCAAAAUCAGAGUAAUUCAUGUAACGAAACGGGGAUAAACAUCAAACUUUUCACUUAAUAUAACGACACAGAUAGUUAUGCUGAAAACAAGCAAGAGAAAUUGGAUAACUUCGAGUAUAAAGGCUGGUCUCAAAUAAGGAUAUACAAUAUAGAAGAGGAAAAGAGUAAUAUAGGUAGAAAAUCUCUCUCUCAACGUCGUCUUCUGGGCUGUAGGAUUAUGUGUGUGUGAUUAAAGCCUCGCUCUUCUAUGACCUAGAGGGGGAGAGGUUACUAGCACAAUCACCCCUUAUGUGUGUUACCUCGUUAACACACACUAAAAAUGAGUCGUUUUCUGCUCCCGUUCUUCUUCAGAUGCCUCAGGCUCAAAAGGCGCUGCUAGGGGGUCGAGUGGGGCAGAUGUAGUGGCGAUGUCAGCAAUGACAUCCGCUGGUAAUCUGUCAGGUUCUUCAGCAGGAGUGUAGAGGGAGAGGUGGUACCAGGUGUCCCCUUUACCAGCUAGUCGAAGGGCGUGAGACGUCCGUUCCACGACCUUGAAGGGACCAGUCCACCUGGGCUCCGUCCACUUGCGUUUGAUGACCUAGAUCUUGACCCUCUCAGCGGGCGGAAGGGAAUCUGGAGUGGCGGGCUGUCAUCCUCGUAUCUGUACAGAAGAACUGGCACACAAAUUCUGCAUUUUUUGUGUAAAAUACCAUUUUGGUUUUACGCUGAGUCCUCCUUCCAUGGGGGGCUGCUGGUCCUGUGAAUGGCUGACCUGUAUGCAGCUCAUAGGGUGAAAAACUCAAAGGGCGGUAAAACAGUUUUAUUCACGGACCUUCGAAUGAUCAUUAACGCUAAUUGCAACAUGUCAAUCCAAUUAAAGUUGGUCUGUGCACAGAUUUUAGCCAAUUAGUUUUUAAUGUUCUGGUCCAUCCUUUCAACCUUACCUUGGGACUCAGGAUGGUACCCCAAACCUGUGUUCUAGUCCGAAAGCCUUUUCGACCAAGGCUAAGUGAGUAAUUUUUUUUUUUUUUUAAUGGUUGCCGUUGUCUGACCUAAUCUUUUUGGGGAAACCAUGUCGGGGUACUAGGUCAUUCACAAGUCAUUUAAUUACUGAUAUUGUAUCCUCUUUUGAGGUUGUUGUUGCUUCCGGCCAACCACUGUAAUUGUCAACACAAGUCAGUACGUACCUUUUCCCUUGUACCGUAUUGAUCAUAUCAGUGAAAUCAAAGACUAUACAUGGUUCACCCUCACCUCCUCCAUAUUCUAAAUUUGAUCUACUAAAGUACUAUCGAUGUGUAAAAUCGUUAUUUUCAAAUUAAAAUUAGUUAUAACUUCUUACCCACGGGAAAAACGUUAAAACUAUGGAAUGUGUCAGAGUCGGAUGAUUGUCGAUUUUGUUCCAAGGAGUCUGUAUCUACCCUCACUCACCCCCUUCUGUUUCUGAAAAAAGGACUGUGUUAGUCUCUUUAGCCUCUGUGGUCCACUGGGGGGUGUUGUUAGGGUAGGGGAACCCUUAGCAAUAUCACAAAUAACUCAAACUCCACUAAAUAUGCUUAUAUUGAAAUCUGCCGCUAUUAUCAGGAAAAAGUGGAUAUGCGUGUAGACUGUUUCUACAAACAUUUGUGAAAGAAUGGUCCGCUCUCAGUGAUUUCCAGCGUGGAACUGUCAUAGGAUGCCACCUGUGCAACAAAUCCAGUCGUGAAAUGUCCUCGCUCCUAAAUAUUCCCAAGUCAACUUUAUUACAAGAAAAGUGAAGAGUUUGGGAACAACAGCAACUCAGCCAAGAAGGGACAGAGAGGGGCCAGCGGAUGCUGAAGCGCAUAGUGCAAAGACUUUUACAGUUUCAAGUUUAUUCACAAUACCAUAGAACAAUUACAAUAGCAGUGAAUAUCAUUUAAAGAUGUUGGUAAGUGAAAGGGUCCCCUAAAUAAGCUAGAAGAAGCUUUCAACAGGGGGUCCAGAGGACAGUAUAUACAUGGAAUGAUGAAACAUGGUGGCAAGCACAAAAACCAACAACAACGCUAUCUGAUAAACACAAGAUAAUAGUACUAAAGCAAGCAUACACAUACACACAUACAUUCAUUCAACCAUGCAAAACCCAACAGUAGUCUACCCCACAUGAGGCAUUAGAGAUAGGUGGUUAAUAGCUACGUUUUCAGUUUCUUUUUGAAGUUGGAGAAUGGAUACAGCAUCUUGAGGCUCUCAUUAAGCCGGUUCCAAAUCUUUGGUCCCCUGCAUACAACACUUUGAGCGGUACAAGCCAGUAGACCAUGUUUACCUGACAUUAGAUCUAAGUUACGAGUGUUGUGGGCAUGCUGGGGAUGGUAGAUAGGAACCAAGUUACAGAGCCUAAGAUUCAGCCUGUGAAUGACUUGAUAUGUUAAACAAGCAUUUUGAUAAAUAUUGAACUCUGUCAGUCUUAAGAGAUGAUAAUUAAGGAAUAGAUGUCGAGUGGGGGCGUUAAACUUGGACCAUGACAGGGCCCGUAUGAUUUUCUUUUGCAUGGAUUCUAAUUUGUGAAGGUAGGUAGGGAAGGUGAUACACCAGAUGACAUUACAGUAGUUUGGAUGUGGUUGAAAGAGAGUUUUAUAUAGGGUAAGUAGAGCAUAAAGAGGAAGAUAAUGACGAAUGUGACGUAACAUUAUCAGGUAAUAAGAAGGGACUUUUAUUUUGAAGGCGAGUUGGUCCCUCCUCUAGUUUCCGGUAGUCUCAGCACGACAGUCAGACGCCCACUUGUUUACACACGAGACAGGUUUACGUGUUUCAGCGCUCCAAGUUUGUUGUUUCUUCCCACAAAGUGCCUUGGAAACAUUGUCUUUUUACAAUAAUAACAACAAAGAAAGAAAUGACCAAUUAGACAAGAAGAAAGGAAAAGUGCAUUCCCUGUGAAAACCACUAAAGCUUCUUAAAGAUAAAAGGCCUGGACUCUUUCUUCCCUUUCCUUGGAAUCUUCAUGUUAGCUAUCCGUCAACUUGUUAACGUCACGGACACAGACACGUAGGACGGAAUAGUAAAAAGACAAGCUUCACGGCGGGCACUUUAACAACAGAAGCAAUAAAAAUGGACAACGCCGAAACAAGUGGAGACAUCGGCAGCGGUGAUGUGGCCAGCACGGAAAGAGACCGUGGACACGACGCUGCCUCCCUGCAUUCCACCACAACUGCAGGAUCCAGUCUUUCCUCAACUAGCAAAGCUGCUAUCAAGGCCCGCGCUAAACUCGAAGCUGCGCGCGCACGCGCUUCCUACGGACGCCGAGAAGCAGAACUGAAGGCUAAAGAAGCCAGAAUAGCAGCCGAGUUAUCAACACUGCAGGAUGAGAAGGAGGUAGCAGCAGCAUUAGCUGAAACCCAAUUCCUCGAAGAAGCAGCUGAGCUUGAGAGCCGUGAAGGAAGUAGAAUGAGCCACUUUGGAUUGGCUAGCAAUAGCAACCAACGCACACACGACUAUGUUGAACAACACACAAAGCGACAAUCUAGCUAUGGAGAGCCCCCUGUACUAGAAACAUAUACUCCCCAAGCUCCUCAACUGUCAGCUGCAGCUCAACUACCCAAAGAGUUGACAAUUACUGCUCCUACACAACAAACUGGGAGGCCUACAUCAGCUGCUACACAGCAACACACAAGGUCGGUGCCUGCAGUACAUCGACAGUUCCCUGACACGGUCCCACCUCGUCAGUUCUCGCCUGUCCAGUCAUAUUAUCCCCCUCUCAGAACCCCGCUGCAGUCAAAUCCAAAAGACAUGACUGCUAUGAGUGACAUUGCAAGAUAUUUUGUGCGCUGGGAGCUUGUGAGUUCCGGUCUCACCCAGUUCAACGACCACCCGGAAAACUACUGGGCAUGGAAGUCCUCUUACAUCAACGCUACUGGAGAACUCAACUUAAAUGCCAGUGAGGAACUCAACCUAUUAACAAAGUGGCUAGGAAGAGAGUCCUCGGAGCAUGUCAAAAGGAUUCGCUCUGUCCAUGUCGCCAACCCUGCUGUAGGUCUGCAACUUGUCUGGGAACGCCUAGAAGAGUGCUACGGCUCCCCGGAGGUGAUAGAGAGAUCCCUCUUCAAAAGACUUGAGGAUUUUCCGAAGCUGUCCAACAAAGAACCCACAAAACUAAGGGAACUUGGAGACCUGCUCUCAGAGUUAAACGCUGCUAAGUCUGAAGACUACCUGCAAGGGCUCUCAUACCUGGACACAGCCAGGGGUGUGAACCCCAUUGUAGAAAAGCUGCCACAAUGUCUGCAAGAAAAAUGGUUGGCUAAGGGUUCUCAGUACAAGGAGCAGUACAAUGUUUCCUUUCCCCCUUUUGCCUACUUCACCGACUUCAUCUGCAGCGAAGCACGUAGAAGAAACGACCCCAGUUUUUCCCUCACUCUAACUCCGUUGAAAACAUCUAAUCAUCUCCCAAAGCACGAACAGUUUGAAAGAGGGGCAAGAUACGCUAAACGACAAGUAUCUACCCACAAGACAGAUGUCGAAGGAAACAACUCAACUUCUCAAAUGUUCAGUUCAAGUUACAAGCUCGACGAUGUCGGGAGACAGUGUCCCAUACAUCAGAAACCCCAUCCUCUGAACAAGUGCCGUGGUUUUCGAAGCAAACCACUUGAAGAGCGCAGAGCCUUUCUGAAAGACAAUGGGGUCUGCUUCAAGUGUUGCUCCUCCACGACCCACCUGGCGAGGAACUGUAAGACUGCCCUCAAGUGUAAUGAAUGUGAGAGCGACGACCAUGUAGCCGCACUUCAUCCUGGACCUCCACCGUGGGAUAAAGAGAACAAGGACCCCCCCUCACAGUAUGGCGGGGAGAGUGAAGAGAAAGCGCCUGGACCAGCAGUCACCUCGAAAUGUACAGAAGUCUGCGGCAAAGGGCAAAGCCUCCGGUCCUGUUCCAAGAUAUGCCUUGUUAAGGUUUAUCCCAAAACACACCCAGACAGAGCUACUAACGUCUACAUCCUCCUAGAUGACCAGAGCAACAGAUCCCUGGCGAGGUCUGAGUUCUUUGACCUCUUCCAAAUCGAAGGUUCAGACUCACCUUACACUCUCCGGACAUGUGCAGGAGUCUCCGAGACAUCCGGAAGGAGAGCCACUGGGUUCAUCGCAGAGUCUCUGGAUGGAAAAACCAGUGUGGUGCUUCCAACACUCAUAGAAUGUAACCACAUGCCAGACGACCGGUCCGAGAUCCCAACUCCCGAGGUCGCACGACACCACAACCACUUGAGGUCCAUCGCUCACAUGAUCCCACGUCUGGACCCUGAAGCCCAGAUACUAAUACUUCUUGGACGCGACGUCCUUCAGGUCCAUAAAGUCAGAGAGCAGCGUAACGGUCCUCAGAGUGCCCCCUUCGCCCAACGACUGGAUCUUGGCUGGGUUGUCGUAGGAGAUGUGUGUCUCGGGUCAGCCCACAAAGCGGCAGCUGUGACUUCCUACCGUACCAGUGUGCUUGAAAAUGGAAGACCAUCUCUCCUCACUCCAUGUCCCAACCAGCUUCAAGUCAAGGAAAGGUUCAGCUCCAAAGUACACAAUGCAACUUCUUCUAGCAGCCUUAAAUUCAACAUCCCUGUCCUCGAUGACAGCAACUUGGGCAACACGAUCUUCCAGAGCACUAAAGAUGAUGAUCAAGUAGGACUUUCCAUCGAGGACCGAAUGUUCCUGGAUUUCAUGGACAGAGAGAUGACAAUGGAUGACACCAACAGCUGGGUGGCACCGCUUCCAUUCAGAUCUCCUCGUCAAAGACUGCCAAACAAUAGACAACAAGUACUCAGCAGACUUACCACUCUUCGUCGCACCUUUGAAAGAAAGCCAAAGAUGAAGGAUGACUUCUUUGCCUUCAUGCAGGAAAUCUUCGAUCGCAACCAUGCUGAGUUGGCACCGCCACUAGAGGAAGGAGGUGAGUGCUGGUACUUACCUAUUUUUGGUGUCUAUCAUCCCCAGAAGCCGGACAAGAUCAGGGUCGUCUUCGACUCCAGUGCUCAAGAUCAUGGCAUUUCCCUGAAUGACGUACUACUUACUGGGCCGGAUCUAAACAACAGUUUGCUUGGCGUGUUGCUGCGCUUCAGAAGAGAGACUGUUGCUGUAAUAGCAGACAUUGAACAAAUGUUCCACAGCUUUGUCGUUCGCAAAGACAACAGAGACUUUUUGCGCUUCUUGUGGUUCAAAGAAAACGACCCCGGCCAAGAGAUUGUGGAGUAUCGCAUGAAAGUCCAUAUAUUCGGUAACUCACCCUCCCCAGCAGUAGCCAUCUACGGGCUUCACCGUGCAGCAGAACAUGGAGCAGAGGAACAUGGAUUAGAUGCCAAACACUUUGUGGAACGCGACUUCUACGUCGAUGACGGGCUCACGUCGCUACCUUCAGCCACGGAAGCCAUCGACCUGCUGACAAGGACACAGGAGAUGUUGGCUGCUUCAAACCUGAGACUCCACAAGAUAGCAUCCAACUGCUCUAAUGUGCUAAAGGCCUUCUCUCAGGAAGAUCAUGCAGGAGGACUACAAAACUUGGAUUUCGACGACAACUCCACUCUCGUCCAACGCAGUUUGGGACUCAGCUGGGAGCUAAAGCAUGACAUCUUCACCUACAAAACAAUAGCCACAGAGAAACCCUACAUGCGUAGAGGUGCUCUAGCAGUAGUGAACAGCCUGUUCGACCCUCUCGGUCUUGUAGCUCCAGUCGUCAUUCAAGGGAAGUUUCUACUCCGAGAACUGACUUGCAACGAAGCCCUUGACUGGGACACCCCUCUACCGAAGACAAAGGAAGCUGAAUGGAAGAUGUGGAAAGAUUCAUUACAAGAUUUACAAGACAUUAGGAUACCUAGAGCGUACUCAACUACCACCUUGUCUACUGCACAGAAGAGAGAACUUCAUUUUUUCUGUGACGCUUCAGUAAAGGCUAUCGCUGCCGUUGGCUACCUCAAAGUAAUUGACAGCGAUGGAGGGUGCCACGUCGGUUUUGUCCUGGGAAAGGCGAAACUAGCACCUCCAUCCGCCCACACUAUUCCAAGACUGGAAUUGGGAGCUGCUGUACUCGCAGUGGAAAUGGCAGAGUUGGUACAGAGAGAGCUGGACAUUUGUAUUGACACAAUGCAUUUCUACACAGACAGCAGAGUCGUCCUGGGAUACAUCUACAACCAGACCAGGCGAUUCUACGUGUACGUCUGCAACAGGGUGCAGCGAAUCAGAAGGUCAACCAAACCAGAUCAGUGGCACUACGUCCACACAGCUCAAAACCCAGCAGAUCAUGCUUCACGAUCAGUUCCUGCAACGGAGCUAACAAACACUACAUGGUUCACAGGACCCACCUUUCUGUACCUGCCUGAUGAAGUUCCCAGCUCUGAAAUGGAACAUCACAAGCUCGUCGACCCAGACACUGACAGCGAGGUACGUUCCCAUGCUACAGCACCUUCCAUUCCUCACUCUAAGCUAGGAUCUCAUCGGUUUGGGCGAUUUUCCACAUGGAAGUCACUAGUACGGGCUAUCACUUCCAUAACCAACAUGCUGGAACGUAAAAGAGCACCAGUCACAACCGGCGAUAUCACUAAACCCGUUACAGCACAACUAUCAAAAGCAGAGACUAUCAUAAUUAGUUGUGUGCAAAAAGAGACUUACAGAACUGAGCUCGACUGCUUGGCUGCUGGGAAAAACAUUCCAAAAGACAGUCCCCUAAGAAAGCUGGACCCUUACAUGGAUGAAAAGGGACUUUUGAGGAUAGGAGGAAGGCUCAAGCAUGCCACACUGGACAUUGGAGAGCAGUUUCCUAUUAUCAUUCCAGCCCACAACCAAAUUGGGAAGCUCCUUGUGAGACACUACCACCAAAAGGUCAAACAUCAGGGUCGUGUCUUCACAGAAGGAUCCAUCCGUACAGCAGGAUACUGGAUUGUUGGUGCCAAACGGUGCAUCAACAGCAUUCUCCGCAAAUGUGUGGUUUGCAACAAACUUCGUGGAAGGACUGCUGAACAGAAAAUGGCGGAUCUUCCCCCUGACCGUCUGUGCACAGAACCACCUUUUACCUAUGUGGGACUUGAUGUGUUCGGUCCCUGGUCUGUCACCACGAGACGGACCCGUGGAGGUCAAGCUGAAAGCAAGAGGUGGGCAGUGCUCUUCACGUGCAUGAGCACGCGUGCCGUGCACAUAGAACUCAUCGAAUCAAUGGAAACAUCAAGUUUCAUCAACGCUUUACGUCGAUUAUUUGCACUGAGAGGACCCGCAAAGCAGAUUCGUUCCGACUGUGGGACAAACUUCAUUGGUGCCUGCAAGGAGUUGCACAUGGUCCUAACAGAUCCCAAAGAGCCCAAUGUCAGGAAGUAUUUGGGUGAGGAAGGGUGUACGUGGAUUUUCAACCCGCCUCAUUCCUCCCAUAUGGGAGGAGCCUGGGAACGCAUGAUUGGAGUCUCCAGAAGAAUUCUUGACUCCAUGCUUCAAGAAUCCAGCCGAUCACAUCUCACUCAUGAAGUGUUGUCUACGCUAAUGGCAGAAGUAACAGCGAUCAUUAAUGCCAGACCACUCACACCGAUCUCCUCAGACCCGGAAUCUCCUUUCCUUCUGACCCCUGCUUCGCUAUUGACGCAGAAGUUGUGCACUCUCCCUGCCCCUCCUGGAACGUUCGACAACAAGGAUCUCUACCGCCAGCAGUGGAGGAAGGUGCAGCAUCUCGCCAACACCUUUUGGCACAGAUGGAGGCGCGAAUACCUUCCCACACUUCAAAAUCGCAACAAGUGGCAAGAUGUCAAGCCUAAUCUGAAGGAGGGUGACCUUGUGUUGCUCAAAGACAAUCAAGCUAAGAGGAACGAGUGGCCCCUGGCUCUUGUCACAAAGACUUUCCCCGACCAGGACGGGAAGGUCAGGAAGAUAGAACUCAAGGUCACAAGAUCUGGAUCUGCAAAGACUUUUCUGAGGCCUGUCUCUGAGACAGUCCUUCUCUUGGCAGCUAAUGAUACAGACUAAGUUAAGUUAGGUUUCUGUAAUUUGUAUCAAUCAUGUUCCUACUGCAGUUCGAAAUAGUGGUAUAGUAUUUAUACCAGGCGGGGAGUGUGACGUAACAUUAUCAGGUAAUAAGAAGGGACUUUUAUUUUGAAGGCGAGUUGGUCCCUCCUCUAGUUUCCGGUAGUCUCAGCACGACAGUCAGACGCCCACUUGUUUACACACGAGACAGGUUUACGUGUUUCAGCGCUCCAAGUUUGUUGUUUCUUCCCACAAAGUGCCUUGGAAACAUUGUCUGUAAGUCUUGUGUCUGUUUUAUGAGUAACAUGAAGACGUUGUGUGUGUGUGUAAAUGUAGAAAUAGCACUGUGCGACGAUAGCUUGUUCUACUUUUUAGCUUGUUGCUACUUAGCAUGUAGCUUCUUUGCUCGCUCACUCCUCUAAGGGAGGGUGCAAUGUUUAUAAAUGUAAAUCCUAUUCAUGUGUGGCUAUGAGUACAUGGGCUGUAUAGGGCUAUUUACAUCACUUUAUGAGCACUGUUUACAUGCUAUUGUAUGGGCUGUGUGUGUAUGUGUGAAAACAUAUUAUGCAGCAAACAUUUAUGGAAAUGUAGUUACUUAGUGGUGUUUAUUUGACAUAUAUUUUGUGUCUCUUUAUACAGUUUUACAAUAAUAACAACAAAGAAAGAAAUGACCAAUUAGACAAGAAGAAAGGAAAAGUGCAUUCCCUGUGAAAACCACUAAAGCUUCUUAAAGAUAAAAGGCCUGGACUCUUUCUUCCCUUUCCUUGGAAUCUUCAUGUUAGCUAUCCGUCAACUUGUUAACGUCACGGACACAGACACGUAGGACGGA